AUGGAUCCUAAAUAUUUCAAAGAUCCUGAAAAAUUUAACCCGAAACGAUUUUUACAUGAAAUGUCUGAACCUACACAUAAAUACGCAUAUCUGCCGUUCGGAGAAGGACCAAGAAAAUGUAUAGGGGCUCGUCUAGGCACUCUAGAAACAAUGAUGGGACUGGCAGCGACGCUUCACAAGUUCACAAUUAAACCAUCACCAUCAACAACAAGAAAAGUGAAACUGAAUCGAACUUCUUUCCUCGUACAGGUUGUAGAUGGAGGUCUUCCUGUCCAACUUACUUUAAGACCGUAA